AUGGACUGGAAGACUCUGCAGGUGCUGCUCAGUGGGGUCAACAAGUACUCCACAGCCUUCAGCCGCAUCUGGCUCUCCGUGGUCUUCGUCUUCCGCGUGCUGGUCUACGUGGUGGCAGCCGAGCGCGUGUGGGGGGACGAGCAGAAGGACUUUGACUGCAACACGAGGCAGCCAGGCUGCGCCAACGUCUGCUACGACCACUUCUUCCCCAUCUCCCACAUCCGCCUCUGGGCCCUGCAGCUCAUCUUUGUCACUUGCCCUUCCCUCCUGGUCAUCAUGCACGUGGCUUACCGGGAAGACCGUGAGAGGAAGCACCGGGAGAAGAACGGAGAAGAUUGCCCCAGGCUCUACAGCAACACGGGCAAGAAGCAUGGGGGGCUGUGGUGGACUUACCUGCUCAGCCUCUUCUUCAAGCUUAUCAUAGAGAUCCUCUUCCUCUACCUCCUCCACAAGAUGUGGGACAGCUUCGACUUGCCACGGCUGGUCAAGUGCUCCGACAAGCCCUGCCCCAACACUGUGGACUGCUACAUCGCUCGGCCAACCGAGAAAAGAGUCUUCACCUAUUUCAUGGUCGGAGCCUCCUCCAUCUGCAUCGUCCUCACCGUCUGUGAGAUCUUCUACCUCAUUUUCAAGCGGGUUGUGCGGAGCACGCGGAAGUGGAGGAAGUCUGUCAAGCGCUCCGUCAGCUACAGCAAGGCCUCCACCUGCCAGUGCCACCCAAAGCUGGAGGAGAAGGACAACAAGUCCCAGACUAGGUGUGUGGCAGCCCUGUGGUCCUCAGCUCCCAACUGGGCUACUGUCUGGCUCCGCGUACGCCGGGCAGGUCCCUUUCCGCCCCCCCCCCAGUGGGUUUUUCCCGGUGGCGGAGCUGCAACCGCGGGCGAGGGGCAACGACACCCGGGCAGCGACACCCGAGCAGCGACACCCGGGCUUCCCACCGUCCCCGAGGGCUCCGGUCCCGAGGGUCCCGGCUGUCCCCCGGGGUCCCUUUUAUCCUCCACAACCCCGCAGACCCGCGGGGCUCCCGGCUGUCCCGGCGGUUCCCGGUUAUCCUCGGGGGAUGCGUCUCCACCACCCCCGAUCCCCAAGCUGGGGCCACCCCCUCGGCCGGGGGCAGCGGAGCGGGGCGGCCCCGCACACCUGCGGCACAGCCCCCGGUUUCCUGCCCGCGCUCCUCCCCCGGCCUCCCCCGGGCCCCGCACGGCCAAAGCCGUCCGGCCCGGCCCGGCCCCUCACAACCAGCACGGCCCGAACCAGGCGGGACCUGCCCGGAGCGGCGGAGGUGAGUGA